CCCAACUAUCUAGAGAAGCAUCCUAGGAGUGUAUUAUGUGGUAUCAGAGCAACUCUGGCUAGGGAAGUUCUUGUUUACUCAAUUUUUCGUGUGGAUCUGUUCAUCUACUUCAUAACUUUUGCUAGAUCUGUUUAUGUUUGAUUCAAAUCUGAUCAAUCUCAGCGAUUUUAUAAAGGUUUCUAAGAAAAAGACCAUUCAUAUUCUUGUGGAUUACGUUUUCGAAAUCUCUAGAUCCAUAAGUUGUUUGAGUUAUUUGAGUCGAUCUGAUCUUAUACUAUUGAAUCUGUGAUUGUUGAAUCAUAUCUUCACCUGUUGAACCUGAUCUAUCUGUUAAGUGUGGAAAGAGAUUGAAAUUGAACCUGAUCCGUGUUGUUUAAGUUUCCUUUUCGUGUUUGUUUCCUUUUGCGAUUCUAUCUUAAUUUUUCUGUGAACUUCUUACUGGUUGAAUCUUUUUGGUUGUCUCAGGUACUAUGUCCAUUAACGCGGAGGAAGAUGAAGGAGUUAGCCUCGAGCAUAAAGCUUUGCUUGAAGCUUUGACUCGCCGUAUGAGUACGAUGAUGGAAACAAGAUUGGGUACUUUCCGCGAAGAGCUUGAUGCGCAAUCUUCAGAACCUAGACGUGAACCAAGGCAGAAUCGACGCACACAGGCUAGACGUGAGCAUGAGGGUUCAGAGGAGACUGAUAACUACUAUGAAAGAAAUCGACACAGCUCAGAUUCUAGACACAGCAGCCGUAGUGACCGUACACACAGGCGUGAUCACUGGCAACGCAAUGAACUCGCGGGAGUAAAGCUGAAAAUCCCUCCUUUCCAUGGCAAAGCUGAUCCAGAUGCCUAUCUUGAGUGGGAGAAAAAGAUUGAGCUGGUUUUUAACUGUCAACACUACACGGAGCUUAAGAAAAUUCAAGUGGCUGCUACCGAGUUCUACGAUUACGCUUUGAGCUGGUGGGAUCAAUUGGUUACAAACAAGCGGCGCAAUGGAGAGUUUCCUAUUGAGACAUGGGCAGAGAUGAAAGCAGCAAUGCGCAGGAGGUUUGUGCCAAGCCAUUACCAUCGUGAUCUUCAUCAGAGAUUGAGAAGGCUCACACAAGGAUCGCGAUCUGUAAAAGAGUAUUUCCAAGAGAUGGAAUUGUUAAUGUUGAGAGCUUGUAUAUCAGAGGAUAGAGAGGCUACUAUGGCACGGUUUCUUGGAGGACUUAACCGUGAGAUACAAGACAAUGUGGAGAUGCAGCACUAUGUUGAGUUGGAAGAGAUGUUGCACAAAGCAAUUCUGGUGGAGCAACAGAUUAAGAGGAAGCAUCAUUCACGUGGAAGCUACGGUACCAGCAAGUAUCAGCAAUUUAAAGACGAGAAACCAGCAUAUCAGAAGGAGAACAAGCCUCAGCAGAAAGAAGAAACAAAGCUAGGCAGCAUUUUUGCCAAAGACAAAGACAAAGGGAAAGCUGAAGCUACUUCUUCUCGGACCAGAGAUGUUAAGUGUUUCAAAUGUCAAGGGCGUGGUCAUUACGCAAACGAGUGCACCAACAAACGAGUUAUGAUCCUCUUGGAGAAUGGAGAAUUUGAAUCUGAGGAUGAGAAGCUUGAUACUGAUCAGAAGCAUUCCGAGGAAGAAUAUGAAGAAGAACCAGUGCGAGGGAGAUUGUUGGUUGCAAGGAGAACUCUCAGCUUGCAAAAUAAAACCGAGGAGCUUGAGCAGAGAGAAAACUUGUUCUACUCACGCUGCAUGGUUCAAGGAAAGAUAUGCAGUCUGAUCAUUGAUGGUGGAAGCUGUGUUAAUGUUGCUAGCGAGACAAUGGUGAAGAAGCUUGGUUUGAAAACUCAAAAACACCCUAAACCUUACCGGCUGCAGUGGCUUAACGAAGAAGGUGAGAUGAGGGUCUCCACACAAGUCUCUAUACCUUUGUCCAUUGGGAGAUAUGAAGAUGAGAUACUCUGUGAUGUGAUACCAAUGGAAGCAAGUCAUAUCUUACUUGGAAGGCCGUGGCAGUUUGAUAGGAGAGUUACACAUGAUGGCUUUACUAAUAAGCACUCUUUUGAGUUCAAUGGCAAGAAGACUAUUUUGGUGCCUCUCACUCCUAAGGAAGUGCAUCAAGAUCAGUUGCAGCUUCAGAAGAAGAAAGAAAUAGAUCUCAAACCCGAGCAACCCAAGCAGCACAACUUCUAUGCCAAGAUUGGUGACAUCAAAAGAUCUCUUUACUCUAAUCAGCCUAUUCUUUUGCUUGUGUUUAAAGAAACUCUCUUGAAUCUAACUGAUUUUACACCGGAGUAUCCGAGUGAGGUGUCAGCUCUUUUACAGGACUUUGAAGAUGUAUUUCCUGAAGAUAAUCCAAUUGGUUUGCCUCCUAUACGUGGGAUUGAGCACCAGAUUGAUUUUGUACCAGGAUCUACUCUUCCUAACAGGCCAGCAUACAGAACUAACCCAGUUGAGACUAAGGAGCUUCAGAGGCAGGUUGAGGAACUGAUGGAGAAAGGCCAUAUCCGUGAGAGCAUGAGUCCCUGUGCCGUACCAGUGCUUCUUGUGCCCAAGAAAGAUGGGAGCUGGCGCAUGUGUGUUGAUUGUAGAGCAAUCAACAACAUAACAGUGAAGUAUCGCCACCCUAUUCCUAGAUUAGAUGAUAUGCUUGAUGAAUUGCAUGGCUCUAGCAUUUUUUCUAAGAUAGAUUUGAAGAGUGGGUAUCAUCAAAAUAGAAUGAAAGAAGGAGAUGAGUGGAAAACAGCUUUUAAAACUAAGCAUGGUUUGUAUGAGUGGUUAGUGAUGCCUUUUGGCUUAACUAAUGCUCCUAGUACUUUUAUGAGAUUGAUGAAUCAUGUGCUUAGAUCUUUUAUAGGAUUGUUUAUGGUAGGUUACUUUGAUGAUAUCCUUGUCUACUCUAAGAGUUUAGAAGAGCAUAUAAAACAUCUUAGGACUGUUCUUGAUGUCUUGAGGAAAGAAAAGCUAUUUGCUAAUCUUAAGAAAUGCACUUUCUGUACGGAUAACUUGGUCUUUUUAGGCUUUGUUGUGAGUGCAGAUGGAGUAAAGGUAGAUCAAGAGAAGGUGAAAGCAAUACAAGAGUGGCCGAUUCCUAAAACCAUCAGUGAAGUGCGAAGCUUCCAUGGAUUAGCUGGCUUCUACUGACGGUUUGUGAAAGACUUUAGCACCAUAGCAGCUCCAUUGACUGAGGUGAUCAAGAAAGAAGUUGGAUUCAAAUGGGGAGAAGCACAAGAACUUGCCUUUCAAUGCCUAAAAGAGAAGCUUACUAAUGCCCCUCUUCUUAUACUUCCUGAUUUCAAUAAAACUUUUGAAAUUGAAUGUGAUGCUUCAGGAAUUGGAAUUGGUGCUGUUCUUAUGCAGGAAAAGAGACCCAUAGCAUAUUUCAGUGAGAAACUUGGAGGAGCAACUCUCAACUAUGCUACUUAUGACAAGGAACUCUAUGCUUUGGUGAGGGCUUUGCAGACAUGGCAGCAUUACCUAUGGCCCAAGGAGUUUGUCAUUCACACUGAUCAUGAGUCUCUCAAGUAUCUUAAAGGCCAGAACAAACUCAGCAAGAGGCACGCCAGAUGGGUAGAAUUCAUUGAAACCUUCCCUUAUGUGAUCAAGUACAAACAAGGUAAGGAAAAUAUAGUUGCGGAUGCACUAUCCAGAAGGUAUGUUCUCUUGAAUACUCUUGAUGCUAAGUUGCUAGGAUUUGAACAGCUUAAAGAAAUGUAUGCAACUGAUUCUGACUUUCAAGAGGCUUAUAAAUCGUGUGAAAAAUAUGCUGCUGGACAUUACUUUAGGCAAGAGGGAUUCUUAUUCUAUGAUAAUAGAUUGUGUGUGCCUAACUGUUCUUUGAGAGAUCUAUUUGUCAGGGAAUCCCAUGGAGGAAGCUUAAUGGGACAUUUUGGUAUUGCCAAGACUCUUAAAGUUUUGCAGGAUCACUUCUUUUGGCCACACAUGAAACGAGAUGUUGAGAGAAUCUGUGGGAGGUGUGCAACUUGCAAAGCAGCUAAGUCAAAGAUUCAACCUCACGGUUUGUAUACUCCUUUACCUAUUCCUACUCACCCUUGGAAUGAUAUAUCUAUGGAUUUUGUUGUGGGUUUGUGGAGGUCUAAGACAGGUAAGGACUCCAUAUUUGUAGUUGUUGAUAGGUUUUCUAAAAUGGCACAUUUCAUUGCUUGCCAUAAAACUGAUGAUGCAAUACAUGUUGCUAACCUGUUCUUUAAAGAGAUUGUGCGCAUUCAUGGCAUGCCUAGAACCAUAGUUUCUGAUAGAGAUACCAAAUUUCUUAGUUAGUUUUGGAAGACUCUAUGGUCUAAGUUAGGCACUAAGCUCUUGUUCUCUACUACAUGUCAUCCACAAACUGAUGGUCAAACUGAGGUAGUUAAUAGAACUCUUGGAACUCUCUUGCGUGCAUUCAUUAAAAAGAACUUGAAAUCAUGGGAAGAAUACUUGCCACACUGUGAAUUUGCUUAUAAUCAUGCUCAGCAUUCUGCAUCUAAGUAUUCUCCUUUUGAAAUUGUUUAUGGGUUCAAUCCCAUCUCUCCUUUGGAUCUAAUGCCUUUACCUGAGUGUGCAAGGGUCAGUAUGGAUGGGAAAAAGAAGGCAGAGUUGGUGCAACAGAUCCACGAGAAAGCUAGAAAGAACAUUGUUGAGAAGACAAAGCAGUAUGCUAAGAGAGCAAACAAGGGCAAGCGAGAAAUGAUCUUUGAUGUAGGUGAUAGAGUGUGGGUGCAUUUGCGCAAGGAGAGGUUCCCAAAUGAAAGAAAAUCUAAGCUGAUGCCGCGGAUAGACGGUCCUUUUGAGAUCACCCAAAGGAUCAAUAACAAUGCCUACAAGCUUGAUCUUCAAGGUAAGUAUGAUAUAAGCAACAGUUUCAAUGUUACUGACUUGAUUCCUUUUGUUGCAGAUGAGCUUGAUUUGAGGACAAAUCCUUUUCAAGAGGGAGGGGAUGAUGUGAUCAUGGACCAGUCAGAUAAAGAAGACAAUGAGAUGAUAGAUGAUCCAGCUGAUGAAGAUGUCCUAGCUAUACCAGAAGGUCCUAUCACUCGUUCCAAGAGUAAACAAAUCAAGCAAGCCAUUGGAGGAUUACUCAUGAUAGCCUGGAAGCAAGAAGAAGGUCUUGAAGGAAGCUGGAUCAAUCAAGACACACUCACCACUAUCCAAGCCAUUUCUUUUUCUACAUGAUCAUCAAAUGAGCAAGUAGCAUAUGUGUGCUCUUUUUCCCUGUCUUUGGUUUUGUCCCACUGGGUUUUCCAAAGAUAGGUUUUUAAUGAGGCCAUAUGUUACUUUCACAUCUCUCAUUUGAUGAUCCCGGUUUAGCUUAUAAUGCCUUAUAAAACUUAUGUCUUUUAAAACCUUAUGUCUUUCAUUUUUAUUUAAACCAAAGGGAGCCUGUUCUCUUUAGGUUUCCGUGAGCUUGUGUGUGUACAAGCCUCACUAUAUAAACCACAUCCGAAAACCCUAGCAUCUAUCAAGUUAUCUUUUCAUC